GAAGUCGGCAGAAGAGGAAAACAGGCUGAAAUUGGCAACCCUUCAAGCGCGUGUUGAGUCUAGUCGAUGAGAGAAAACAGCAAAAUGUUGAAAGAGUUGGUGAAGGAGCGACUAAUGGCGGCAGCUGACGAAAUAUUCGCGCUGUUUGAAAGCACGAUAGCGUCGUACCAGGAGGAACUUUGUCGAACGAGAGAGGAGAACGAGCGACAUCGACAACAACUGGAAGCCUUUAGCAAGACUCAUAUUGGGUUCCCCAUUGAAGAUGUCCAGCAGUUGAUUGGUCGUCAAGAAGGACGUCCCCCUCUGCUGCAGGAGGGGAGCUCCACUUUGAAGCAGGGGGAUCCCCAGCGCCCCCACGUCAAAGAGGAAGAGGAGGAGCUCUGGAUCACUCAGGAAGGAGAGUGUCUUCGAGGGAAGGAGUUGCCAGUGACUGGUGUUUCUGUGAAGACUGAAGACCACGAAGAGGAACCACAAGCAGACAGCCUCUUAGCUCCGCUAUCAGACAGCGACGACACGAGGUCGUACUCCCCCAAUGCUGAAGACGGGGACGACACCCAAGAACCUUUGAGCAGCGAUACAGAUUGUGUAGGUGACAUGAGGGCUCACACUGGCAACAAACAUUCUGAAUGCUCUGAAAAACGUAAAGAACGAUUGACUUGCUCAGUUUGCGCUAAACGGUUUCCUAAAAGGGGCGAUCUGACUCGACACAUGCGGACACACACCGGGGAAAAACCUUUCAGUUGCACAGUGUGUGGUAAAAGAUUCCCUCGAAAGUCCACCGUCAUCACACACAUGAGGACGCACACUGGAGAAAAACCUUUUAGUUGUUCAUUUUGUGGUAAAGGAUUCUCCCAAAAUGUCGCCAUGGUAUCACACAUGAGGACGCACACCGGAGAGAAACCCUAUGAUUGUUCAGUUUGUGGGAAAACGUUCUCUCGAAGGUCAUACAUGGUGUCACACAAGAGGACACACACGGGAGAAAAACCAUAUUCUUGUUCAUUUUGUGAGAAAACAUUCACACGGCACAACAAUUUGAUGGCACACAUGCGGACACACAAUGGAGAAUAAAGGUUUUCCUGUCCCGUGCGUGCUAACAGAUCGACUCGAAUCAUAGUCACCUAGAAAGUGAUGAUCCUGCUGUGUGUGUAUGAUACCAGAUUCCCUCAUGGGUUCCAGGUUAGUGUGCGACUAAAAACAGCAGCAGCACAACUCUCAAUCACCUGAAGCCAGUAAGAAAUGCUGACUUUCUAACAGCCUUGAGGAUAACAUGGGUGGACCUCAGGGCUAAAAUAUGAGACAACGCAACAAUUUUCCAUCUACUCACGCAUGUGCAACCAGAUGAACGUACGCCUGUUGACAAGGGGCGCACGUUGUCCUUGAUUACCAGUCAAUUGAUGACAGCUUGUGUGAUCGCUCACAAAUGAAUCGCAUUCGACCGACUUUUCUACCAUCCUUGUUUAUAUGUUUUGCCCGGCUCUCACUAUCUUCUGUUUCCAGUUUACCUGGCUCUCACUUUCUUCUGUUUCUCUGGCGGCAGCUAGCUACAGUAGCUAGAGUUAUGCACCUGGGCAUGUCACAAUAAUCGAUAAAACGAUUAAUGGAACGAUAGAAAAAAACAAGGUCGAUAAUUCUGACGUCUCGAUAAAUUGACAUGUGCGACAGGUACGUGUACCUGUUCCAUUUCCUUGUCUUGCUGUACCCAGGGUAUGUGAAGUGGUGACGACCUGCAAUUUGUAAGUGCUUUGGUAGGCAUCUUUAGUGCCUCACGCAGACACACUACACUUUAGUACCAUCUAGUGGCUCCAAUGUGAUAUGACACAGUGAUCAUUGAAUGAUAAAUGUAAUGGUAAUAUGGUCUACAAAAAAAAGUCAAAAUUAUUGUCGAUAAUUUAUAGCACAAAUAUUAGCAAAAUUUGUUAUUGUGAAAGGCCUGUAUGCACCUAACCUCUGGUCCACGGACUUUUUUUUUUUUUAACCACUUUGACGUUUUGUCUUUUAAAACAAGCCAACAAUGCGGUCCGUUCGGGGUUUGUUUUCAUCCCACAAGGAAGGAAAGAGUGGCUGUCGCGUUCAUGGGGUACGCGCUAACUUAAUUUUUUAAGGUGUCACUUAACAACCUUGUUCUCUCCGCACUGAUUUUGAGUAGUAGCUGUCCAAAGAAUAUUUGCCUCAACUCUUAGUAUUUUUAUAAGUCUUCAAUUCAGACAUUAUGCCUGCAUUUGAUGACAAAUGAGCACAAAAUAGCAUAAAUACGUGCUUGUCGUACGUGCUAGUUGAAAAAAAAAAGUUAGUCUGGAGCCCUGGAUGGUGGACUUUCGUCAGCUUCCUUCAUUUGAGCUGCAAAAGUGUGCAUCACUGAUCACUAAGAUAUUUGUGUUGUGGCAAUUUGCUAUGUUACGCUAAUAAAACAGAAAUAAGAAGUGCACGCAUGCUUUGAAAUAAAUGCGAUUUUCAUACUGACCUCUCUGCAGCUUUGCCUGCUUCCUCGCCGCAAGGUUGGACGGAAGAAGAAAAAAGACGGAAUGUCCGUCAGUAAGUAUGAAAAUUAAGACCA